AUGUGGAAAAUCUGCAAACAACUAGGUCAUACAGAGAGAAUCUGUGAAAAUCGCAAGUGCUUUAAAUGUGGAGAAAAUGGUCACAUCGCACGUCAUUGUUAUAAUUCUGUUAGAGACUUCACGGAAAAGAAAGCAGUCGUUGGGGAAUUCGAAUCCAACGAGGAGAAUAAUGGAACACCAAUGAAGACAAGUUUAAAGAGAACGAAUGACACCGGCGAUGAGAAUGCUAGAAAACCUGAUAACGAAUAUGACAGCGACGGAAUGGACGAAACGGAAGAUCUCGGGUUUGAAAAUGCGGAAGAGGCUGCUGAUUGCAGCCGUCCGGACUUGGCAUCUCACAAUCUCCACCUUUCAGACAAUGAAACAACUGUCAAAGACGACCAAAGAAAGAGAGUAACCAAAAAACAGUCUAACAAAUCAAAGUUGUCUACAACCGUCAAACGGCAGCACGAUUCAUCUACUGAAAACGAGGCAGGUACUCCACAGAGUCAUCGAAGGAAAAAAUAG